AUGAAGAAAGCCCAAGAACCGGCCGGCGUCCACGCACUGGGUCCCAAAGGCCGCUUAAUCCAGCAGAUAUCGAGGCCUGGGAUCUUGAGUGUCCAGCGCAGUAUCUUUGCUGCUCCUAGGACUACGUUCUUCUGGACAGAGAUGCUGGAGCCACUUCUCCAGUGUGGGGGACAUGGCCCCCAGUGCUCCCCUGUUGCUUUCACCUUCCAGGCUCUCCAGCUCUACCUUGAGCCCUUAUCAGGAAUGACACCGAUGCUGCGGCUCCUCACGGCCGUCGUGAAGGACCCGACGGCUCAGACCGUUCGCCAUCUGCUCUUUGCCAACCAUACAGAGAAGGACAUCCUGCUGGGGCCCGAGCUGAAGGAGAUUCAAGUCAACAACCCCCAGCGCUUCAAGCUGUGGUUGACCGUCAACAGGGAGAACUCCGCGCUUUUGGCACCCUGUGACGGCAAGAGCCCAUCAUCUGUCGGAAAGACGAAAAUGUGGCUCAAGUAUCUGCUUACCUGCGUCACUGUGUGGAGCGUCCAGUUCGGCAACCACGGAGCUUUUGCCAAAUCGUCCCGCAGACCAAACAUCGUCCUCAUCCUCACCGACGACCUCGACAUCGCCAUGGGGGGCUUGACUUCCUUAAACAAGACCAAAAAACUCAUCGGCGACGCAGGAAUCUCCUUCACCAACGCGUUCGUGGCCAGUCCGCUGUGCUGCCCCAGCCGAGCCAGCAUCCUGACGGGCAAAUACCCGCACAACCACCGCGUCACCAACAACACGCUGGAGGGGAACUGCAGCAGCGCGGCCUGGCAGAAGAGCGAGGAGGCGCGCGCGUUCCCCGCCCUGCUUAAGAACCUCGCCGGCUACCAGACCUUUUUUGCCGGAAAAUACCUCAACCAGUACGGGCACGCGGAAGCCGGCGGGAUCGAGCACGUUCCUCUCGGCUGGAGCUACUGGGUCGGAUUGGAGAAAAAUUCAAAGUACUACAACUACACUCUAUCUGUUAACGGAAAGGCUCAGAAGCACGGAGACGACUACAGCAAAGAUUACCUCACGGAUGUGCUGGCCAACGCGUCCUUGAAGUUCCUGCAGUCCAAAUCCAGCUACGCGCCCUUCUUCAUGAUGGUGUCCACGCCGGCCCCCCACUCCCCGUGGACGGCCGCCCCUCAGUACCGGGACCGCUUCAACGGCACCCGGGCGCCCCGGGAUCCCAACUUCAACAUUCACGGCAAGGACAAACACUGGCUGAUCCGGCAGGCCAAGACGCCCAUGAGCAACUCGUCCGUGCGCUUUCUGGACGCCGCCUUCGUGAAACGGUGGCGGACGUUGCUGUCGGUGGACGACCUAGUGGAGAAGAUAGUGAGCGCCUUGCGAGCCAGGGGUGAACUGAAUGACACGUACAUCUUCUUUACCUCUGAUAACGGAUACCACACGGGUCAGUUCUCUCUUCCUCUGGACAAGCGGCAGCUGUACGAGUUUGAUAUCCGCGUUCCUCUCAUGGUGCGAGGACCCAACGUCAAAGCCGGACAGAUCAGCCAGUUCCUGGUGGCCAACGUGGACCUCGGCCCGACCUUCCUGGACGUGGCGGGAAUCGACGUGAACAAGACGCAGAUGGACGGCACCUCCUUCCUGCCCGUUCUGAACGGGCAAGUCAACGGCAGCUCUUGGAGGAGCGACAUCUUGGUGGAAUACGAAGGAGAAGGCAGCGAUAUUUCCGACCCCGCCUGUCCCCUGCUCGGGCCCGGAGUGUCGGAGUGCUUCCCAGAUUGCGUGUGCGAGGACUCGUACAACAACACGUACGCGUGCGUGCGUACGGUGGCGCCCGCGGCCAACCUGCAGUACUGCGAGUUCGACGACACCGAGGUGUUCGUGGAGGUGUACAACCUGACGGCGGACCCGUUCCAGCUCGACAACAUCGCCAAGACCAUCGACCAGGAAGUUUUGGAGAAGAUGAACCAUCGGCUGAUGAUGUUGCAGUCGUGCGCCGGGCAAACGUGCCGCACGGCCGGCGUUUACGAUGCGGGUUUCAAAUUUGAACCGCGGCAGAUGUUUAACGGGCGCGACUGGAAGUUCGGAAGACUCCGACAAAAGAUGAAGUGA